AUGGGCUGGCUGCAGGAUCCACAGAAGAAGAAGAAGCUUAUUAUCGGCGUCUUGGCCGUUUCCAUUGUGACCCUGAUCCUCGGACUUGGACUCGGUCUCGGACUGGACCUGCAGAGAUGUCAAAACAAAGUCGUCCCCCAGACGUCCUGCAGGAGUCGCUGCUACGAGCCGUAUGACGCCGACGUCCCCGGCUGCAGAUGUGACCACAACUGUCAGAUCAGCAACACGUGUUGCUACGACUACCACGACACCUGCACCGUCCCCACCCAGACGUGGGAGUGCAGCAGGCUGCGGUGUGGAGAGACGAGGCUGAGCCAGAGCAGAUGUCACUGCUCCGACGACUGUCUCUCUGCAGGAGACUGCUGCUCAAACUACAAACAUGUCUGCCACGGAGAGAAAGAAUGGGUGGAGGACGAGUGUGAGGACCUGGCAACUCCGAAAUGUCCAGCAGGGUUCAAGCAGCAGCCUCUGCUCCUCGUCUCCCUGGAUGGCCUGCGGGCGGAGUACCUGCAGACCUGGAGCGCCGUCAUCCCCGUCCUGGACAAACUCAAGCAGUGUGGAACCUCAGCACCGUACAUGCAGGCAGCAUUUCCCAGCAAAACGUUCCCCAACCAUUACACCAUUGUUACGGGUCUCUAUCCAGAGUCCAACGGUUUGAUCGAUAACAGCAUGUACGACCCGGUGUUUGACGCCAGCUUCAGUCUGUCCAACGCAGAGAAAGACAACCCUGCAUGGUACUUCGGCCAGCCUAUUUGGCACACAGCGAAGUACCACGGACUGAAGUCUGGGACUUUCUUCUGGCCAGGAUCAGACGUCAAAAUCAACGGAAGCUAUCCCAACAUCUACAAACCUUACGAUGGUAAAGUGCCGUUUGAAGAGAGAGUUUUCACUGUUCUGAAGUGGCUGCAGCUGCCAAAUGACCAAAGACCAGAUUUCUACACAUUGUAUCUGGAGGAACCUGAUAAAUCGGGACACAACUAUGGUCCAGUGAGUGGAGGGAUCAUUAAUGCGAUCCAGGGCGUGGAUCAGAUCAUGGGUCAGCUCAUGAACGGCCUGAAGAUGAUCGGCCUGCACCGCUGUGUCAACAUCAUCAUCCUGGCAGAUCACGGUAUGGAGGACACGAGCUGCGACAGGAAGGAGGUUCUGCAGGACUUUGUGGGGAACAUCAAGGACUUGUGGGUGACCGAGGGCCCGUUGGGACGCAUCAGGGCCAAGAACAAAGACACAGAGUUGGACUCGGCAGGACUUGUUGCUAACAUGUCUUGCCAGAAGCCGGAGCAGAAGAUCACUCCCUACCUGAAGGAAAACCUGCCGAAGCGUCUCCACUUCGCCAACAGCCGCCGCAUCGAAGAUGUUAACGUGCUGGUCGAGCCGAAGUGGCUGUUUGAGAGAUAUCGAGGCUCGGUCACGUUCUGCCACGGCGGCGCUCACGGCUACGACAACGAUGCAGAGAGCAUGCACGCCAUGUUUGUCAGUUAUGGACCAAAGUUCCUGUACAAAACAGAAAUCGAGCCGUUCUCCAACAUCGAGCUCUACAACCUGAUGUGUGACGUGAUGCAGAUCUCUCCGGUGGAGAACAACGGGACCCACGGCAGCAUGAACCACCUCCUGAGGAAACCGUUCUUCACGCCGGCGCCGCCUGCAGAGCGGAGCGCCCCGAUCCACUGUCCCCUCACCAGCCUCAACGCCUCGGACCAGCUGGGCUGCUCCUGUCCUGGUCUGAGUGAAAAUGACACCAACAGCCGUUUGAACCUGACAGCAGAGGAAGAGUCGGCAGCAGAGAAGGAGCACCUGGUGUUUGGUCGUCCCCGGAUGCUGCAGCCCCACCAGAGCUACUGCGUCCUGCACCAGCAGGGAUUCAUCUCCGCCUACAGCCACAGCGCCCUGAUGCCUCUGUGGAGCUCCUUCACCAUUCAAAAGCCAUUGGACUUGGAGCCGUUGCCUCCAGUAACUCCAGGCUGUCUGAGGCCAGACGUCAGGCUGCCAGCUUCUACCAGUCCCACAUGUGACCAGUAUGAAGCUGCUGGGAACCUGACGCACGGCUUCCUGUACCCUCCCAAUCUGAACGCGACGGCAGACGAGCAGUUUGAUGCUUUGCUGCUGAGCAACGUGGUGCCGAUGUUCCCCGAGUUUAAGAGGAUCUGGGACUACUUCCACAGCACUCUGUUAAAGAAAUACGCCUCCAUUUACAACGGGAUCAACGUGGUGACGGGCCCCGCCUUCGACUUCAACUACGACGGCCGCUACGACGCUCCGGAGCAGAUCCAGCAGUUUGUGUCUGGCACCAACAUCUCCAUCCCGACGCAUUACUUCGCCGUGUUGACCAGCUGCAGGGACUCCGCCCGGCCCGUGGCGGCCUGCGUUGGCGAGCUGCAGACCGUUUCCUUCCUGCUGCCUCACAGAGCAGACAACUCGGAGAGCUGCAAGAGUAAACAAGCGGAGUCCGAGUGGGUCGAGGAUCUCAUGUGGUUCCACCAGUCUCGAGUCAGAGACGUCGAGUGGAUCACAGGUUUGGACUUUUACCAGGACAGCAGCCGACCAAUCACAGAGCUGCUGAGGAUGAAGACCCGCCCCACAGCUGCCAUUCACAGAAAGCAAUGAAAUCGCACUUUUGCACACACACAAAAAAAGAAAAUCACACAUAUUAAUAUCCAAAAUCUGUAAAAUAUUAUCGCCUUAAAUUGUGUCAUCACUUUGCACUAAUGGUGUAUAUUAUCCAACACGCAUUUAUUUAUUAACGUUUUUUUUAAUUUAAAGAUGUUUGUGUUCUUUGAUCUUAUUAUAUUUCUGUCAUGAUUUUAAACGUAUAAUCUGUAUUUAGAGAGGUGAAUGUCUCUGUCACUUAUCAACAAAGCUUUUUAAAGAUUUCCUCAUAUUCUACCUGUGACUGUAAAUAAAAAAAUUCAGCCGUAA